AUGCAUGAACAGGAGGGAAUAAAUCAGACUGAUAAUAUAACUGAUGUCGCGAAAGGAGAUAACGUCAUUCUUGGUGUCAUCUACCUCCUGGUGUCAGUGGCCGUGAUGACCACCAAUGGUGCCAUUGUUCUGGUAAUAGGAUUGUCCAAACAGCUACAUAUGCCAACACUGUGGCUCAUAACCUACAGAGCAGUAUGUGACUUUUGUCUUGGAGUCUAUUGUUUGACUUUUGUCGUGCCAUCAGCCUUUCUCAACCACUUUGCCUACUCUGAACAUUUGAUAGGCGUUGCGUCCAGUAUUGCAACUUUGUUGACAGGCCAGACAAUAUUCAACAUAGCUCUUGCAGUCAUAGAUCGGUACAUAGCAAUAUCAAGACCUCUAGCCUACACCAGACUUGUCACGACAAAAGUGUUCUUUCUUGCCAUUGGUACCACUGUGCUUCUGAGUGUGGGUAGGUUUCUUAUGAUAGUGUUCCCUGAUAUGGACUUUUACUACAACUCCAAUCUACAUAUGUGUUUGGUCGACUUUGACACUACAUCGACCGUGGUGGCCUCUGUAGGCAUCCCGCUCCUAACCCUCGCCAUCAUCGUCAUCUGUUCUUGCAUGAUCUCUGCAGAACUGAAGUGCGGAAAGCGACGUGUUCAUUCUGUAGGGACCGACGUUCAAGAGAACACCGCAAAAUUCCCGUUGAUGGUGACGUUAGCUGCUGGCGUCUUCUGUCUCUCGUACGUUCCCUUCAUCGUCAGCGUGACGUGGAGCCUGGUGUCGUCAAGGGGACAGGUCCCAAGGGUUCUUAGUAAGGUGUCAUCCGUGUCUCUUUUGUCAAGCAGUCUGUGGAAUGUCAUCAUAUAUACUGUCACCUACAGGCCCUUCAGAGAUCAUCUCAUGCGCUUGUUCUGCAAAGUAUAUGUGCGGCGGCAGAGACGUGCUGAGAUUCACAGAGAGGCGCGUUUUCGAAACAGGAAUGAAAUUUAUUAA